CUCCUGUUGGAUACUUCAGCCUUCGCUGUCGAGCAGCAAGAAUGGUGGUCGGUUCUGUCAAGACUCCUGAGGAAGCCGUUGCGAGAAUCGCAUACUUAUCCAGCGAUGUGGUUAUUUCCGUACAGCCUUCUCUAAGCAAUGCCUCAGCGUUCAGUGCGAAGUUGGAGGAAUUGUUGUCGAGUGGAGUUAAAGGCGUCCUCACCGCGUCAAAUGGUGUCCCUGAGAUUCAAACCGUUCGUCAAAAUGCCGACCCAUUACUCUCAGCUUUCCAACCGAUGCGUUCGGGAAAGCUCGUAUCUGUGACAGCGACUUCGAGCAUCUUGCUCCCUUCGAUACCCCACCUAUACAAGAUAAUCAAUUAUCCCGUCGUAAUUCAUGUCUCGCUGCAGCCAUCAGAGUUCCCAGAUUACUCAGAGAUCACCUCUAUCCGACAAACCGGUCUAAUCCUGCUACAGUCUGAGUCUACACAGGAAGCGCAGGAUAUGACCAUCGCAGCCCACGGGUUAGCUGUCAAGACUGGGAAAGCCGUCGUGCACUUCUUUGCUUCUUCAUCCGAUGAUUCGGAGAUUUCAAAUGAGGAUGCCCUGCUCUUAGGUCGGGCGCUUGAUCGGGCUGCUGCGAGAACGUAUCAAUCUGGCAAGAUUGCCUCAACAAGCCUCUAUGCGGAUGACGGUGUAGUAGCACAGACCAGCAACUCGGCUGCAUCGGUUGCGGUGGGAACGAACGGUCACACAAGUGGACUUGUUACUCCCGCAAGUGAAGCAUCAGGAAUUGAACCCUCUAGCAAUGGCACCAGCACAGCGGAUGAGAACAGUACCCGUCCAUCACUCACCUCUAUCAGCUCUUUGCACGACGCAAUUGAGAGCCGCCCAAUCUCCUCCGACGACAUCUACAAGCACUCUUCUACCAUCUUCGAGGUCAUCAAGCAGGUCACCGGCCGUUCUUACAGUGUUUUCGAGUACACCGGACCUCGCAAUGCCGAUGUCGCACUCUUCGUCUUCGGGUCUACAACUGGUUUAUUCCGCUCUACAAUCACGAGGACUGCGGGAGAUGAUUACUCGAGACGCCCUUGGUUUGGUGCAAAAUUGGCCGAGAUCGUUCCCAAUAGCAUCAGUAAGAUUGCCGUUCUCGAACAGAUAAUGAACAAGACUACCAAGUGGGGCCCUUUGUUCUUGGACCUACUCACUUGUCUACGCACUGGCGCAGCCGUCAAAGGUGCACCAGUCGUCAUUGGACGACAACUGGGGUUCAUCACUCCCGAUACUCCAAGGCAGGCUAUGCGUGGAGUUGUCCAGAAUUUGAAGUUUAGGUCGCCUGUGCAGAACCUCUCUGUUGGGUUGGAAGACGUUCCGACUAAUGCUGGGCACAAGAUCAGCCAACCGGCUGUUGAGGCAGCGUAUAUGAAGAUUCUCGACCAAUUGUUCGGAAAGCGAUUGCAUAUCGCCAAUUCCCUCGAUAAAUCCAAUGCCGGCAUCUCCCCCACCAUUACUGCAAGCCCUGAAUAUGGGUAUGGCUCCCUGCUAGCACGGAUGGAGAGGCGCCAGGCUUUUAUCGAGAAGGUUGAGAAACUGGCGAAAUCAAAUGACUUCACUACUCGCAUCCCUGCCGAGUGGCUCUCCAGAUGGCUUAUCGUUGCAGACGACGAGGCAAAAAGUGCCGCACUAGUGCCUGGGAUUAUCAUGCGAUUGUCGGUCGAUGGAUCCCCCGCCGCGUACGAUUUGCUCUCUGACAAGGCCCUUUUCUACAAGGAGUCACAUUGGCUUAUUGGAUCUGAUGCUUGGUCAUAUGAUCUUGGAAACUCGGGCGUUCACCACGUUAUCGCUUCGGGAAAGAAUAUCAACAUGCUUGUUAUUGAUUCCCAGCCAUACUCAGAGCACGCUGUGGCCAAUGCUUCACGAAGAAAGAAAGAUGUCGGGCUUUAUGCCAUGAACUUUGGGAAUGCGUUUGUUGCUUCGGUCGCCGUUUACAGCUCCUACACGCAAGUGCUACACGCCAUGCUUGAGGCGGAUAAGUUUGACGGACCAUCCGUUGUGGUUGCAUACCUCCCAUACAACAAAGAGGAUGAUUCACCUCUCACUGUUCUGCAAGAGACUAAAAAGGCUGUUGAUAUCGGAUACUGGCCGUUGUAUCGCUGGAACCCCAGAGGAGAGGAGGAGGGCGAGAAGAACUUUAGCCUUGAUUCUGAGAGGUUGAAGCAAGAGUUGCAGGAGUUCCUUAAGAGAGAGAACCACCUCUCUCAGCUGGUUAAGAGAAAUCCCCAGUUUGCGGCGAAUCUUUCUGGUUCUUACGGUACCGAGGUCCGACAACAACAGAAACGAAAGGCGAAGGAUGCGUUUAACAAGCUCUUGGAGGGACUUUCUGGGCCCCCAUUGACAAUUCUUUUCGCAUCCGAUGGUGGAAAUGCCGAGGGCCUUGCUCAAAGGCUCGGGAGGCGGGGAAAGGCUCGGGGAUUAAAGACUUUGGUUUUGGCGAUGGAGGAUUACCCAAUCGAAGAUCUGUCGACGGAGGAAAAUCUCGUUCUCAUUACAUCCACUGCGGGCCAAGGAGAAUUCCCCCAGAACGGACGAAACUUCUGGGAGACAGUCAAGAAUUCGACCGAUUUAGAUUUAGCAACCGUCAAUUAUACCGUUUUUGCUCUCGGCGACAGUCACUACUGGCCUCGCAAGGAGGACAAGCACUACUACAACAAGCCUGGGAAGGAUCUUGACAAAAGACUUGCCGACCUGGGCGGAAAGAAGCUGGCAAACACGGGCCUCGGAGACGAUCAAGAUCCAGACGGCUACCAGACAGCCUAUUCGGAGUGGGAGCCCAAGUUAUGGAAAGCCCUUGGUGUGGAUAAUGUUGACGGGCUUCCCGAUGAACCUCCUCCAAUUACUAACGAGGAUAUAAAGAUCGCCUCCAACUUCCUUCGUGGUACUAUUGCCGAGGGAUUAAAGGAUGAGAGCACUGGUGCGAUAUCUGCUAGUGACCAGCAACUCACCAAAUUCCACGGAACCUACAUGCAAGAUGACAGAGAUCUAAGAGACGAGCGCAAGGCCCAAGGACUUGAGCCCUCAUACUCCUUCAUGAUCAGAUGCCGAUUGGCUUCUGGUGUUGCUACUCCGGAGCAAUGGAUAAAAAUGGACGAUAUCAGCAAUGAAUUCGGAAACCGGACCAUGAAGUUGACCACCCGACAAACCUUCCAGUUCCACGGUGUCAUCAAACGGAAGUUAAAAUCUACCAUGCAAGCCAUUAACAAGGCGCUCAUGACUACUAUUGCGGCUUGCGGAGAUGUAAACCGAAACGUCAUGUGCAGCAGUCUGCCCCAACACUCUGCGUUCCAUGCACAGGCCCACGAGGCGGCAAUCCUCAUCAGCAACCACCUUCUCCCAUCCACUACGGCCUAUCACGAAAUCUGGUUAACAGAUGACGAUGACAAGAAGGUUCAAGUUGCUGGCGAUGCUGUUGUUGACCACGAGCCGUUGUAUGGGCCCACCUAUCUUCCUAGAAAGUUCAAAAUCACUAUCGCCAUCCCUCCUCAUAACGAUACUGACGUCUAUGCUCACGAUAUUGGGUUGAUUGCUAUUAAGGGUGAAGAUGGAAAGCUCUCCGGGUUCAACGUUCUAGCUGGAGGUGGUAUGGGUGUUACACAUAAUAACAAGAAGACAUACCCCCGAACUGGAAGUAUGCUCGGAUACGCACCACUCGACAAAAUCCGUUUUGUCUGCGAGAAGAUUAUGCUCGUCCAGCGCGACAACGGAGACCGUAAAAACCGCAAGCACGCCAGGCUAAAGUACACCAUCGACGACAUGGGUGUCGAAGUAUUCAAGAGCAAAGUCGAGGAUCUCCUAACCUGGAAACUGGAAAAAUCUCGUCCAUUCAAGUUCGACAGCAACAUUGACACCUUUGGUUGGCAAAAGGACGAAAACGGUAGGAACCACUUCACCUUCUUCAUUGAAAAUGGUCGUAUCGAGGACACCCCCGAGUUCCCAAUGAAAACUGGACUCCGCGAGAUCGCAAAGGUGCACAAGGGCGAGUUCCGCCUCACCGGUAAUCAGCACCUAAUCCUCAGCGGCGUUGAAGACGCCGAUCUCGAGAACAUGAGGGAUCUCAUGGCAAAGCACAAGCUCGACAACAUCCAAUUCUCCGGACUCCGCCUAUCCUCAAGCGCGUGCGUCGCGUUCCCGACUUGUGGUCUUGCGAUGGCAGAGUCAGAACGAUAUUUACCUGUCUUGAUCUCCAAACUCGAAGGCAUCUUGGAAGAAAGUGGUUUGCAUCAUGAUAGCAUCGUAAUGCGCAUGACUGGAUGCCCGAAUGGAUGCGCGCGCCCAUGGUUAGCAGAGGUAGCGUUCGUUGGAAAAGCCUAUGGCGCGUAUAAUAUGUACCUCGGUGGUGGAUACCAUGGACAACGUCUGAACAAGCUAUACCGUAGCUCCAUCAAGGAGGAAGAAAUCCUUGAGAUCUUGAAACCAUUGUUCAAGAGGUAUGCCCUCGAACGCCAGGAUGGGGAACGGUUUGGAGACUUUUGCAUUAGGAUUGGCAUGAUCAAGCCAACCACUGAGGGGAAGACUUUCCACGAUGAUGUUGCGGAGGAAGAUGCUGAAGAUGAAGAGUAGACGUUGCAAAGCAAAAAUUAAAAAAGCGUUAGGGUGGAAAUGAAUUUAUUACGAUAUAUCAUUGAUGGAGCAUGCGGGGGGGGGGGCAUAGGUGGGUUGAACUUGUAGUUUUGGUUUCUUUUUUCUCUUUUUUGUAUCUUUUCUCUCGCAUCUUUUGUGCUGUAAUAAUUAUUAUAGUUUCGGGUAGAUUAUUGUUUUUGUUUUUGGCUCAUUACCACCCUUCUUUCUCGCGCUUUUGCUACGGAUUAAAGUGAAGGGAGCUUACAAUCUUUAGUGAAUAACGUGAGGUGUGAUAUCAAAAUAA